AUGACACAGAACAAUGACUUAGAUCCAACGAACAGUCUUACUCUGAACAAACCAAUAGAAGAUGAUAAUGAGAACGCUACUGUAGAUUUUCAAUCAGAUAUACACGCCAAUCAAGCGCUUAUCUUAAAAAUCAAAUGUGUGAAUGAUGCUAUCGAUGAAAUCGGGUUCACUAGGUAUCAUUUAAAGCUUUUUUUUCUAAAUGGUUUUGGUUAUGCAGUGGACUCUUUAUUACUUCUUCUCAAUUCUCUAACUCAACCACAAAUUACUCUACAAUAUCAGCCAAUUAUUACUACUGCACAAACAAUAUCUGUCGGCAUUGGAUUGCUUGUCGGAGCUUUAUUUUGGGGUAUCGGAGCCGAUCUCAUUGGUCGGCGAUAUGCGUUCAAUAUUACCCUACUUUUGUGUGCAAUCUUUGCUAUUGCUACUGGUGCUGCUCCAAACUUUAUCUCCGUUUGUAUUCUGAUCUCGUUGAUGGCAUUUUCAGGAGGUGGUAAUUUGAUUUUAGAUACAGCAGUUUACUUAGAAUUUCUUCCUGGUAAGUACCAAUGGUCUUUGACAUUUAUGGCAGCUUGGUGGGGUAUUGGCCAAAUGGUGGCAAGUCUAGUGGCAUGGCCUUUCAUGGCUAUGUAUUCAUGCAGUAAUAAACAUGAUUGUACGAAUACUAAUAACUCUGGAUGGCGCUAUACAUUCUAUACGUUGGGAGGAUUUGUGUUCAUUUUAUCUAUUCUUCGCAUUGUUGUCAUACGUAUGAAGGAAUCUCCGAAAUGGUUACUUUCUCAAAAUAAGGACGCUGAAGUAGUACGGAUUAUUCAUGAAAUAGCUCAAGAAGCAGGAAAACAGAGCUCAUUAACUUUGCAACAACUCGAAUCAUUUGGAUCAGUACGCAAAACAAGUGACAUCAAACAGUAUCAACCUAUGAUUGUCAUUCGUAAUAUUCGAGGGCUUUUUCCAAAUCGGCGAAUGGCCUACUCAACAUUUCUUAAUAUGUCUUCAUGGGCUUUGAUCGGUCUGGCUUAUCCUCUCUACAAUGUAUUUUUACCUUACUAUUUACGUUCACGAGGAGCCAUCGUUGGUGAUGAUUCUAUUUAUACUACCUAUCGUAAUUAUGCCAUCACAAAUGUAUGCACUAUAUUUGGUCCCGUGGUUGCAGGAGUUCUUGUAGAAAAUCAUUAUCUUGGUCGACGGUAUACUAUGUCUAUUGGUGCUCUACUCACCAUGGCUUUCCUAUUCGCAUACACGACAGUUCGUACUGCUGCACAAAAUUUAACUUUUGCAUGCAUGAUUAGUUUUUGUCUAAACAUUUACUACGGUACAUUAUAUGCCUAUACACCAGAAGUACUUCCAUCAGAACAUCGAGGUACCGGUAAUGCUAUUAUUGUCGCAUGCAACCGAAUCAUGGGCAUAGUUGCUGCAGUUGUGGGCAUGUAUGCAGAUCUGAGUUCGAAUGUACCCAUUUAUGUGUGUGCUGCUGCUUUUGGUGGUUUAGCAUUUAUUAGCUUUUUGUUUCCAUUUGAACCUCGUGGGAGCACGAGUGGUUAA